AAGCUGCAGGGUAUGGUGAUAGUUUUAGUAGGCCAGAAACUCGAUGCAAGUGUCAAGCAUGUAUGAAGAUAAGUCUCAUAGAUGGAUUAUAUUCUGUCUACCACUUUAUGCCUGAACAUAGUCAUAAUCUUGCAACAAAAAGCCAGGCUCAUCAGUUAAGAUCACAAAGGAAGAUAAAUGAAGCUCAGGUUGCAAGUGUUGAAGUCGCAAAAUCUGUAGGGAUUUCUACUAAAGCAGCCAUUGAUUUGAUGGCAAAACAAGCAUGUGGAUUUGAGAAUCUCGGCUUUACUCGUGUUGACAUGAAGAAUAAGUUAUACUCAAAGAGAUCACUGCAGACAAAACAAGGUGAUACCGGAGGAGUUUUGGAAUAUAUGGAGAAGAAAGCAUCAGAAGAUGUCAAGUUUUUCUAUUCUAUUCAGGUUGAUGAGGAUGAUUUAAUAACAAACAUUUUCUGGGCUGACUCUAAAAUGGUUUCUGACUAUGAAGAUUUUUGUGAUGUUGUUUGCUUUGACACAACAUAUAGAAAAUUGGAUGAUGGACGUCCUUUUGGUUUGCUUGUAGGAGUGAAUAAUCAUAAGAAGACUACUGUUUUUGGUGCUACGCUUCUAUACGAUGAGACCGCUAAUAGUUUUGUUUGGUUAUUUAAUACUUUUCUAAAUGUUAUGUCGGGGAAGAAGCCAAAAACAAUUUUUACAGAUGAAGAUGCAGCCAUGGCUAAAGCAAUCAAAAUAGUAUUUAAAGGAACUCAUCAUCGGAUAUGUGUGUGGCAUAUGAAUCAGAAUGCUUGCAAGCACCUUGCUGGGUGUGUUAAGGACUAUAAGAAAUUUAAUGCUGACUUUCAGAACUGCAUAUAUGAUCAAGAAGAGGAAGAAGAAUUUAUACAUGCAUGGAACCAACUACUUGACAAAUAUGAGCUGCAGCAAAAUACAUGGUUGCGACGGCUUUUUGAUAAAAGGCACCAAUGGGCACUAGUAUAUGGGCGAAAUACAUUUUCUGCUGAUAUGAGUACCACACAAAGGAAUGAAAGCUUGAAUAAUGAAUUAAAGGGUUACAUUAGUGUAAAGUAUGACAUGCUUACUUUUUUUUAG